CGCUGGAAGAUGGCUACGGUGGAGCGGAUCCCGGUCAGGGAAGGGAUCCGAAUAUUUGUCCUGUGUGUGUUUUGGUACACGGUUAGCUCAGGAGGCAACGUUGUCAACAAAAUCAUCCUCAAUGGAUUCCCGUACCCGGUUACAGUCUCGCUGUUCCACAUCAUGUCCGUCGUCAUCUUCCUCCCGCCGCUGCUGCGGGCAUGGGGAGUCCCCAAAACAGAACUGCCGAGCAGGUACUACCGGUGGUAUAUCCUGCCUUUAGCUUUUGGAAAAUACUUCGCAUCUGUAUCAGCCCACUUCAGCAUAUGGAAAGUGCCCGUUUCGUACGCGCACACAGUCAAAGCCACGAUGCCAAUAUGGGUGGUGCUGUUAUCGAGAAUCAUCAUGAAGGAGAAGCAAACUACGAAGGUGUACGUAUCGCUCAUCCCCAUCAUUGGCGGAGUGCUGCUGGCCACCGUCACUGAGCUAUCCUUUGACGUUUCUGGGUUAAUCAGCGCUCUCGCGGCCACGCUCUGCUUCUCCCUGCAGAACAUAUUUUCCAAAAAGGUGUUGCGGGACACAAGAGUGCACCACCUGAGGCUUCUCAACAUCCUCGGCUUUAAUGCUGUGAUCUUCAUGCUGCCCACCUGGGUUCUGGUGGACCUCUCUGUGUUUCUUGUGAACGGAGAUCUGUCGGACGUUUCUGAAUGGUCGAGUACCUUCGUCCUCCUCCUCAUCAGCGGCUUCUGCAAUUUUGCACAGAACGUUAUCGCCUUCAGUAUUCUUAACCUCGUCAGCCCGCUCAGCUACGCAGUCGCCAACGCCACCAAGAGGAUCAUGGUCAUUAGCAUUUCUUUGUUGAUGCUGCGCAACCCGGUCACCAUGACAAACAUCCUGGGCAUGAUGACCGCCAUCGUCGGGGUCUUCCUUUACAACAAGGCCAAAUACGACGCCAACCAGGAGAAGAAGCUGCUGCCGAGCAGCCAGCAGGACCUGAUGUCCUUUGACAAACCUCCGCUGGAGAAGAUCCAGUCCAACGGGUCAGUGCCUUUCUCCCACGGCUCAGACCAGCAGCACAGCUGGAACAACGUGCUGACCGACCACUUCCAAUACAGCCGGCAGGCCUACACGACAAACCACACCAGCAACCACCAGUAUGUGGUUUAACGGAGGGCUCGGACCCCUAACUGGGUUGCUGUCAUGGAGAUUCUUGAGUUGUCCAAUGAGCAACAGGUCCUCACGUGCGCGCUACACUUGAGACUGAAGGCAUCAUAAAUAUAAAAAAGAUGAGAUAAGCAGGCUGUGAGAUCCUCCUCGUUUUCUAAACCUCGUGUUUUUGCAGCUCUGCUGUUUCAUGUUUUAUUUUAGUUUCAGUGACUCAAAGGAGCCACUUUCAGUUCAUUUAAACGUUCUUACGCA